AUGCUUUUCCAAAUCCUCUUUCGCCUCACGUACGCCGGCAGCGCUGAGACAUACGUUGUCAGCUACUUCGGCGACCUUCUCAGUGACCGUUUUCUGAGCGAUGGGGCUGGCGUGGAAACCCCGGGAGUAAGCGAUGGAUGUGCGGGCAAUGGUAGUGCGGAACAUGUUGAUCUCGAAAGCGAUGACCUCGUCUGUGCGUCAUACCCGUAUGAGGUGGCAUCACGUGGUCGUCGUGUCUGCGGAGGACUGACGCGCCUGCCAUCAUCGUUUCUUUCCGCAACCCCAACGUCUCUGCUUCUUUUCAUCGUAAUGUCUCCAAUCAACAAUAUUCGUGCUAUACCCACCUUCAUUCCUCAGGAUUCUUUCUCUUGCCCGACAUCACGCACGCUUGGGAAAGCUCGCCCCGCAAGAGUCUUCCUUCACCAAGGCGAUAUCUUUGACCUUGAUCAUACCACGUUCACUUUCCCUGCUCGCUCUCCUGCAAUCUCGCCUGAUUACGAAUCUCGCCCACUGUCUCCCGUCUCAGACUGCUCAUCCGAUACAUCCGACGAACUGCCACCUAUGUCAACUUUCACGAAAGGAUUCGGGCGCGCACGCCACUCUGUCUGUUUGGGCCGCUCUGGUAACGAACUUGGUCAAUCCUCAGUCGUCGGAUUCGGUCGUAGGCAACACUUUCAUCGGCAUUCUAUCGCCGGCCCACCCGCUGUCGCUCCAAGUGAUUUCCCUCGCAAGACGCACGCAAAACGACCUCUUUCUGUUGCUCAAGAGCAUGGUGACAUGAAGGGUCGCUCCGAUCGCCCGCAAAUGAGGAUGUCUCUCGAUCUCGGACGUCCAAUUCAAACCGAAAAUGUCGCUCAGCGGCCUUUAUCAAUCUUGGGAACAGCGCUCAGCACUGGCGGUACCUCGAGCGGGGUCCCGCCCAGGGCCCUUCUACUUCCUCAAUACAUCCAAAUGGCAUCUGAGACUGCGGUAGCUGAGGAGUCUGAAACCGAGCACCCGCGCUCUGUGACCUAUCGCUUGCGACUCAAGGUACUGAAACUGGGACUACUGUUCAUCGAAGAAAUGUUUGAGACAGAUGAGAAUCUUACGGUGGAUGUGUUGGUGGAUCGCUUCAAGAACAUGCCGAGCGUCGCUGUGAUGCCUGUUCUCGACGCAUUCAAGAUCAAGCCGUUCGACCUGGAGCCCGUCUAUGCGGCCUGGACACCCGGCCCGACGUUCACGGGCGACCCGAAGAAGGAUGCGCCCGUCGACGACUGGCUCCAGCAAGUCAAGGAAGGGUGUAUCAGCCAUGGAGUUCCACAGGAAUAUUGGCAUACCUGCGGACAGCAUUUCAUGGGCGACAAGGCUAGGGCGAGAUUGACUGAGCUGAAGAAAGUCAUGGCUCAGGUGCAUGGCGGCCAGUACCGCUGGAAUUGGAAGAAGUUUAAGGUUGCAAUGCGCAACAUGUCUUGGGACAUCGACACAAGCGAGACAGAGACGGUCAAAGUGCGUGGGAGCUGGUGGUCCCGAAAGACACCCAAGGUGGAUGAGGCGGCAAAUCCAGAAGCCUUCGUUCUGUGCGAAGAGCCAAUGCCCAUGCUGGACCGCAGCGACACAAAGCUGUCCGAGGCGGGCAGCAGCGAGUCCCGGCCUACUCCGAGCCGGUCAUCAACACUCUCCUUCUGGCCGAUCCGCAAGCAGUCCAAGGACAUGUCCACAGACGAGACUCUGCAGCGGCCUACACCAAGAAAGGUGCAGUCGGACGAUGCAGUGGUUUCAGUCAGCGGAAGCAAGCGGAGCAACACGCUCGCCAUGACCAGCACGAACAAAGACCUCCCCGCCGUCCCGAAACCCGGCGCUGAAGGCAAGGCUCCGGCCUGGCUGCUGAAUGCAACGACAGCUCUCGACUUUCUGUCCGGCGAACACCCCAAAGUCAUGAGCACCAUCAGCGCCAUCCUGAUCGUGGCUGGCACCAUCCCAUCGCUGCCCGUUAUCACCGCUGGAGCUGGGGGCGCAAUCUUGGCGUCGUCGACGGCCCAUGCUGUGGGUGCGAUUGCAGUCGGUUUGGGUAGUUGGAUCAAGACGCAACAGGAAGCGACAGCCGCCAAAUCCCACUCCACCGCAUAA